AUGUCUUCCCGCCAGGUCACCUUUGCUGCUGCCCAGCUGGGCCCGAUCCAACGAAGCGACUCACGCGAGAGCGUUCUGUCGCGCAUGACAUCUCUGCUAGACGAGGCCGUAUCGCAAAGUCCACCAGCCCAAGUGGUUGUUUUCCCCGAGCUGGCCUUCACGACCUUCUUCCCGCGCUACUUCUUCCCGGACGAGCAAGAGCUGCACAGCUACUUCGAGCCCGAAUCAUCCAGCAGCCCGAUCGAUCAGUCUCCAAACGUGAAGCCGCUCUUCGACCAUGCCAAGAAGCUUGGGGUCGAUGUCUACGUGGGAUAUGCAGAGGCUUGGAAGGACGGCGAAACAAGAGAAUUCUACAACUCGGCCGUUUACUACUCUGGACGAUCAGGCACGGUGCUGGCCAAGUACCGCAAGGUCCACCUCCCGGGAGUCGUCGAGCCGUUUCCUGAACCCGGCGCAACGCAGCAGCUGGAAAAACGAUACUUCAAGAACGGCGACGGCUUCCAGGCAUUCCGGGUCCCGGGACUAGUGCGAGACGCUCUGAAGGCGACACCGAACGCACCCCCGGCACCCGACGGCCAGGGCGACUCCAUCUUCGGCAUGCUCAUCUGCAACGACCGCCGGUGGCCAGAGGCAUGGCGUGCGUACGGUCUCCAGGGCGCAGAGGUCGUUUUAUGCGGAUACAACACGACAGCCUAUGCGCCCCAGCUUCUUGGAAGCGACCUGUAUGAAUCAAAGCCACUCAGUCGGGAAGAAGCGGAAAAAGAAGUCCUGUUCCACAAUCGACUCAGUCUGACGGCGAACAGCUACAUGAAUGCAUAUUUCAGCGUCAACGUGGCCAAGGCCGGCGAAGAGGACGGCCAUCCACUUAUUGCGGGGACGUGCAUUGUCGACCCCAAGGGAUAUGUGGUCGCCGAGGCCCGCACCAAGGGGGACGAGAUUGUGAGCGCGACGCUGGAUCUCAGAAAAUGCCGAGCUGGCAAGACCAAGACAUUUGACUUAGGCCGUCAUCGGCGAUUAGACGCAUACGGACUGUUGCUGGAGAGAGCCGGCGUGGAAGAGCCACCCUUGUUGUCGUGA